AUGCGCGCGUACUUCAGCGAUCCUGAUGACAUACCGACGAGUGGACAGCAGAGUGCGGGGUUAAAAGAAUUGCUACGCCAGCGUGUCGUGACGAUCCCGCACUCCAUUACGACAAUGAAGGAGCAUCGGGCUUUAGGUGCUGACCCCACAAGCGAGUCCACUGGGCACUCAGUUGAGCCACCCCCUCCACUGUUUGGACGUGCGUUUCUUGGAUGCAUCACGCCAAAACGCUUUGUCCAGGAGUCUGUCGACGCCAAGCCGCCAUCCAACCAGCACGGGUGCUUUCUUCAAAACCUCGCACGUUUUGAGUAA